GCUCAACACCGGCUGGCUUGUCGACCAAUGCUCCUGCUGGACGAUGAGGUCAUGAAUCCUCUCCAUCGGCUGGAGCAGGUUGGAGUUCAAUCCGGCAGCCAGCUUUCAGCCGUGAUCACAGAGCCUGCGGCGUUCUGUGUCGCAGGUCUGCCGGAGGUUGGCCUAGGAGAGCACAAAGCCUUGUGCAAGGACUUGAACCACUUGCUGCGCUACUACAUCCACACCACUCCUCCUGUUGCCCCAUACCUUCCAUGCCUGCCGAGUGGGCGUACACAAAGCUUCAUCAUUGUGACCUUGAGUGACUCCAACGAGGUUCAGCAUGUGGUUCGGAAUAUCCAUGGCAAAGUGGCAACCCUGAGUGGGACCACUAAUGCUCUCAUGGCGUUUGAACUCGGCGAAGCAGAGAGACUUCUGCAGGAAGGUGUUCAUGAAGCUGCGAUUCUCCGGGCGAUCACAGAAGAAGCUCGGGCCUGGAGAGAGGCCGCACAGAGUAGGCCGUGCUGA